UCGGAUCACUUCUAUACCCAUCCGUGCGGGCCCGCCGAAGUCCCGCGGGAGAAGCACGUCACACAGGAGAUCAAGUUCGAAGCGGACGGUUCCCAUAACCUAAAUCCGGAGCCCCCCGUUUGUAUUUCUACCCCACCGUGGCCUUCUAUCUAUACGCCUUUGCUGCCGAAUAUUUCCGAGAUCGAAAACAUUCGAGCCGAACCGAUACCGGAGUCAUCGUCCGAAGAAGAAGAGGAAGAGCCGGAGGAGGUCUCUGUCCAGUAUGUUGUUGAACAGGUUCCUCAGGAACAGUACGGCACCACUACGAAAUACGUUUAUGAAGAUGCGAGCGGCGUGCUCUACGAAUGCCAGGACAAUAGCGUAGUCGAAGCACAGGAGGAAGUUCAAGCAGUCCCGAGUACAUCCUCCCAACCGCGUACCAUGCACAUAGUUGUUGACCAGGAAACCGGCGAGGAGUACGCGGUCGAGUAUCAGGAUGAGAGCGGUAAUUACGUCGAGGACGUUUCCUACCAGAGCACCGGUAGAGAGUACGAAGGAAUCGGUGAUUCGGAGAGCGUCGUUGUUUAUGCGGAUGGCUCCCAAGAGUAUCUCGGGGAAAUCGAACAAGUGGAGUGGACCGAGGAGGAAGUGGCCGAACAAGAGAUCUCAACGAAUUUCUCGCCAUUCGAGGGGAAAGUUCAGUACCAACAAAUCAUCCAGCCGCGACAGGUCAAAUCGAGAGGUAAUCGAUCUCGCCAGAUACAAAUCGGCUAUUCUCAGCCGACGGAAGAGCAAGUCAACAUAGUGGGAACGAUCCAGACCGACGAAGCCGCCAGAAACCACAACGGACGUGUUAUUCCCGAAUGGGAGAAGCAACUGGCCAUCAACUACCUGAAAGCGCUGAACGAACGCACAGAGCCCGACUUCGUGCUCCAGUGCAAAAUCUGUAACAACAACAAAACGUACACGGCGGCGGCAACCCUCAUUUCUCAUUACCGGGGUCACGCGGGAAUCAAACCGUUCACAUGUCAGAUCUGUGGAGCGACUUUCACGAGACAGCAUUCGCUCAAGUACCAUCUACUUAUCCACAACAACGCAUCCAGAUUCACUUGCACGGCCUGCAGCCGUCAAUUCAGACAUCCGUCGCACUACAAAGAGCAUCUGCGAAGGCAUACAGGCGAAACCCCCUUCGAAUGCAGCGACUGUCCUCAACGGUUCAAGACCCGCAACACAUACAAGCGUCAUUUGAAGACCCGACACAAGAAGCUCCUCAGCAAGGACGGCAUUACGGUGAUGGAGUACGCCGAAGGCGAUCCAGAGGGCGAAGUUGCUGAGAUGGUGGUUAUCAAGGAGGAAGACGACGACCUAUUGUAAAUAAAUUGUAAACGGCAUCUUUCAGUUUGAAUAAAA